AUGGCCUCGCAGCAGUACUACAACCAGGGCCCUCCUCAGGGUUACGGCGGCGGCGGCUACCCCCAGCAACCCCAGCCUUCGUACGGCCCUCCCCAGGGACAAUACGGUCCUCCUCAGGGACAGUACUACCAGCAGGGCCCUCCUCAGAUGGGCUACCAGCAACAGCCCCCUCCGCAACAGCAGAGCAGCGGCGGCGGCAAAGGCUGUUUGGGCUAUGAAGUCUGUGAACUUCAUCAAGAACAAAUCGAGAGCUGCUACAAUGCUGUCGAAACACUGUCGAACUACGAUCCGUCCGAGUGGUAG